AUGGAAGAAUUUGUUUAUCAAGAAUGCGUUAUAGCCUCAUGUGAGUUUGCUGCAAGAAAACUUAUGUACGAUGUCAACUACAAUUACUAUAACGACUUAGAAGAAAAACAUAAGUUGGAACAACAGUGGAACAAUCUCCUUAAGACAUUUCCAAAUUAUUCUGAAUCUGGAAACCUAUAUUUCAAUAGGAAAAAGCUUGGAUUUCUUCUAAGCAAUUUCCAUGUCAUUCUGGCUGAAAGGGGUCCUCUUCGUCUUGAUCAAGAAUAUGUAUCUUCUGACCAGUAUAUAGGGGAUAUUUAUCGGCUAGAGCGCUUGCUUUAUGAUUUAAUAUCCAAAUGGCCAGAUAAAUUACCACUGAAUUUAUCAUGUUUAACUAAAGAUAACUCCAGGAACUUGAACUUUAAAUAUCAAGUCAAACAACUUUUCCGUUAUAAUUUCACAUUUUCCUUACCAACAAGUUUUAUUAUUCCUAAUGAACUUAGUUUUAGGAAUGUAAUUUCAUUUGCGCACCACUAUCAUCGAGUUCCGAAACGAUCACACUCGUAUAUCAUCAGUAGACGAAAUAUUCUUAAUGAUCGUUUUGAAAUUAAUCCCUUGCUUCAAGAAAUAGACGAACAAGAUAUCAUUAAAAAAAUAAAUGCAAUUUCAAUUACAUCAGAAAACUUACUUGUAGACAUUGGAACAUCUUGCCCCCCAUAUGAAGAUAUAUGUGUCCAUUGCCCUGAUUUCAUAAAGGGAGUGUCGGAUAUUUUUGAAUAUGACAGUGGUGUACCGCUUACUCGAUUCCUCCGUUCAAAAUGCAGUAAUAGUUAUUUGCAAACUACUAAUACUCCUAUGAGAUUUAUUUUUGAAAAACAUGAAAUGAAAAAAUUUGCUAUACCAAUCAAUAUUAAAACGACAGGUAUUCAUAAAGCUUUCCGAAGUCGCCACUCUGAAAAUAAUCAACAAUUUAUUUCCUUAAUCAAUGAAUGUGUUGGUCAGGCUCUUCUUUGUAACAGUCGCAUAUCUAUUGCAGUAGAUCAAUGGUCGGUUCUAUUCAUUGAAUUGGAUCAAGAAAAUUAUAUGUGUACAGAAAGAAGUCAAUGCCUUUCUCGUGGAUUUGAAUAUAACAUAAAAUUCAAUGUUGCCUUAUUCGAUCAUCUGACAAGUAAAUAUAACUUAAUGACUUUGCUAUCUGCAUUCACGUUGGACUACGUCAAAAAUGUUGAUAGGUCUGUGUUUAAGCAACUGAAGGCUUUACUACAUCAAUUAAAAUUUACUCCUCAAGAAAGGGAAAGAGAGAAGCAAUUUAGAAUUUCAGUAGUUGCAAGAUUACUUCAAUCGAGAUUCCGAAACUUUAAAUUAAAGAAUACAACUUAUGUUAGCUCGGAUGACCUGUCAAUAUCUAUAGAUGCAGGCUACUUUGGUAAUAAAUAUAUAGAGUACGAAGGAGAACCUUUCAAGAAAGAAAGCUUCCAGUUCUUGGCCGAAUACCUGAACUUCACAAAUAACUUUUAUUUAACGGAAAGUGCAAGAGUGAUAUACAGAAGUGAUGGUCCUAAUAAGAACAAAGAAAUGUAUCUCAAAAUUUACAACCUUGAGAUACCUCACCUCAAACCCCCAAGAAAAGUAUCCUUCUACAAAAUUCUAAAUACUAUCCUUUCAAUGUAUCUACGAGAAAUUCAGAUAUAUCGUUCGAUUAAAGGGUACUUGCAAGAUCAUAUAUUUGUUGCUAGGAAUUCAUCCCACGACUAUAAACCCCGUCUAUAUCAAUAUGGCUAUGCUUCUGCUACUUUGGAAGGAAAGAUCAACUUGAAAUCAAGAGGGUUCUACAUCUUAUCUGAUUAUACCAAUCAUUCAUCUUUACUGGAAUUUUAUUUUAUGCACGAUACAAAAUUAUUACUUGACAAUAUACAUAUGAACAAUGGCAAAGUGAAUUUCACAAAGAUCCCCUGUUUAGACCCUGAACUUUACAUCAAACGGAAAAAUCGUCACGCUGUAAAGAAAAUUAAAAAACAAAUUGUCUGGGUAUAG